AUGUCAGAAAAACUUCAAAUAUUCGACCGACCUCAAGUAGAUCACAGUAUAAUUAAAGAAGAAGAACAUACGUACAACCCUGAAGUGCGUACAUUUAAUAAUAAUGAUGAUAUUGACAUCAUUAUAAAUCAAGAAGAUCUUAUGAUACCAUUAUCCGAGUGUUACCUUGACAUUGACGGAGAAUUUAACUCUGAUGAUCUUUUGCCUAAUAAUAUACCAGCUUUAAAUGGAGAUAUUUAUUUAACAAAUAACGCUGGAGCGUUUUUAUUUGAAAGCAUAAGCUAUGAACUCAACAAUAAAGAAGUUGAUGUAGUACGAGAUGUGGGCUUAUUAUCAACAGUUAAAACAUUCUUGUGUUACGGUGAAGAUGAAUCAAAAGAAUUGGGAGGAGCAGGAUGGAAUAUGGAUGGUAAUGGUAUUAAACCAUAUAACGUUAGAGAUAAAACAUUUUCAUUGAGAAUACCUUUAUCGAUUCUGCUAAAUUUACCUUACGAUUAUCGUCGUAUAAUUACUGGAAAACAUAAACUAAGAUUAGUGCGUAGUAGAUCUGAUGAUAAUUGCUAUAUGAGCACAGGUACUAGGAGAGCAACAAUGAAUAUAAAAAAUAUUACCUUAAUAGCAAAACAUGUCUUUCCGAACGAUGAUAUUAAACUCCAGAUGUUAAAUAAAAUCAACACAAGUAAAUCUAUAUUGGUACCAUUUAGAAAGUGGGAUAUUCAUGAAUUGCCCAUUCUGCCAAGAUCUAAAAACGAAGUGUGGAAAGUGAAAACUCUGCAAAGUGUACACACACCUCUUUAUUGUAUAGUAUUUUUUCAAACUAAUAGAAAGAAUAACCCCCUAGCCGAUGCUACCAAAUUCGACAAUAUCGAUAUGAGAAGCAUACGUCUACACUUAAAUUCGAGUAUAUAUCCGUACGAAUCUUGGAAAUUAGAUUUUAGAAAAACUCGUUACAGAGAAGCAUAUCAAGCAUAUUGCGAUUUUUAUAAACAAUUCAACGAUCAAGAUAGAGCAAAACCGAUAUUGAAAUAUGACGAUUUUAAAACUCGUUCAAUAUUCGUUUUAGACUGCUCAAAGCACCCCGAACCUAUUCGUUAUUCAACUGUAGAUGUAUCACUUCAAUUUGAGUCGGACUAUGAGUUUCCUCAAGAUACAAAAGCCUACGUAAUUAUCAUACACGAUGCUAUCGUAGAGUACACACCAAUGCUAAAAACUACAAGAGAUCUUAUUUAA